AAAAAACCCUCAUUGCAUUUUGCAAAGUGAGUUCAAUCAUUCAUUCUUGAUUCAAGAUUUAUGAAGAACCUUACAAGACUGUUAUUAUUAUACAACCACAACAUGAUAAUCAGACACUAUAAAUCAAACCCACCAAAAAUAGAUUUAAGAAAAUUAAGACCCAUGAUUCUUAAACGGAUCGAAAACAGGGCCAAAGAUUACCCGAUUAAAGCCAUGGUUCCUGUUGCUUAUGAUGUUUUAAAACUUAGAACACGUUUGUUACAAGAUGUUUCCACCCUUCUUCAAGUUAUUCCCAUUUGGUCAUGCAAAUUCUGUCCAGAAGUAUAUAUAGGGGAAAAGGGUCAUGCAAUUAAGACUUGUCAUGGUUACAAACGACAUGCCAAGAAUAAGCUUCAUGAAUGGGUCGUAGGGGGAAUAAAUGAUAUAAUUGUCCCAGUGGAUACAUUUCAUUUAAAAAACAUGUUUCAGGAGGUAAUAAAACACGAUCAGCGAUUUGAUUACAACCGUGUGCCUGCAGUUGUAGAACUCUGUUUACAAGCAGGUGCAACUCUUGAUGAAAAAGAUAUAUCGACAGACAAGUUGGAAUAUCCAGUUGCGGAAUCUUUGUCGCCUGAUAAUCUGAGAUUUGUAGCUGCCAGAACUUUGAAGUCAUGGGAGGGGGUUAGAUCGGGUGUCCAGAAGUUAUUAAUGGUUUAUUCAGCUAAAGUUUGUAAAUAUUGUUCAGAGGUUCAUGUUGGGCCAUCAGGGCAUAAAGCUCGUUUAUGUGGCGUUUUUAAGUAUGAGAGCUGGCGUGGGGCCCAUCUUUGGAAGAAAGCUCAAGUUGAUGAUUUGAUACCUCCAAAGGUUGUGUGGUUCCGAAGGCCUCAAGAUCCUAAGGUUCUUGAUGACAAGUGGCGGUCUUUUUAUGGACAUGCACCUGCAGUGAUUGAUUUGUGCACGAAGGCUGGUGCUAUAGCACCACCUAAGUACCAUUGCAUGAUGAAACUGCAGGGGUUACCGGCGGAUCUUCCAUUCAGGCCUUGAGCUUGAUUUGUGGGGUCUAGUUUAGCGUUCUUUCCAUGCUCUGGGUGUUAUUUGGUGGCUAAUUGAUGUUGCUUCAGGAUUGGGUCACAACAUGCUUGUGCUAUUACUUCUUAGAGUAAACUUCAUUGAAGCAUUGAGUUCAUGGUAUGCACACAAGACCCGUUUUCUAAGUUGCAGUUUUCUACUAGUUUUAUGGAGCAUUGCACCUUCCCAAAGAUUAGUAUGCACAAAUUUAAAAGUUAAAUGUUUAUAGAAGCAGAAGCACGAGUAUAGAGAAUAGUUAUGCUGGCGGGCUUUGUACAU